AUGGAACCAUCGUCAAUAAAUUAUAUAUCCCUAUCGCCUGUACAAAAGGAAAUUGUUUCCGGUCUAUUCGCAGGAACAUUAACAAUUUUAAUAACACAUCCCUUGGAUUUAGUCAAAUUGAGACUACAAAUAUCUCAAGAACAUAAAGUUUCAUACUCAGAGAUUAUAAAAUCAACCAUAAUAUCACCGCCCAAUAAAACAAAUGUUAUACGAGAAGCUUAUCGGGGACUAACUAUUAACCUUCUCGGCAAUGGUAUAAGCUGGGGCUUAUAUUUUGGUUUAUAUAGAUAUUUUAAAGAUUCGUUGCACAACGUAUACAAUGACCCUAGCAAUAGCGAUAAUCAUACAACAUUCCAUAAGGAUAAAAAUCUUAGUGCAUCAAUGUAUUUGACUGCGGCUUGGCUAUCUGGUUUAACAACAUCAAUAUUAACUAAUCCAAUAUGGGUUAUUAAAACGAGAAUAAUGGCAACAAAUGUGAAUGGCAUAAAUUCUUACAAAUCUAUUUUAUCUGGUUGUAGAUUAAUUUAUCAAAACGAGGGUUGGAAAGGUUUUACAAAAGGUUUAAUACCUGCUUUGUUUGGUGUUUCCCAGGGUGCCAUAUAUUUCAGUGUUUAUGAUUCACUAAAAUUUAGAAUAUUCCAUGAUUCUGGUGAUUUAGUUGAAAAGAAAUUACAUUUUUGGCAAUAUCUUUUUAUCACAUCUACUAGCAAAAUGAUUAGUGUUAGUAUAGCUUAUCCUUUUCAAUUAUUAAAGUCUAACUUACAAAAUUUUGUUGAUACGCGUGCUAACAAUAAUGACACAAAUAAUUCUUCAAAAUUACUAUCACUCAUCAAGAAAAUUUACCAUAAUAAUGGUAUAAUAGGCUUUUAUAAAGGCUUGGGCGCAAAUUUAUUAAGAGCUAUCCCUUCAACAUGCAUAACUUUUUACGUAUACGAAUCCUCAAAACAUAUUCUAUAA